CGCUCGCUCUCUACUUUGCACAGUAAUAAAAAGUCUUGCCGUCUGUGCUUUUGCCACCUCAAUUCUCUCUUUCUUCUCGACCUUUUCAAGUUGCUAUUGAAUCUAGCGUUCAUUGUCCGUUUCAAAGAAGCGCUCUUUUCCUCUUCCGAUCUUUAUCUGUUACUUUUGAAUAGAAAGUUAUUAUUCGGAGCUGUGUUUGGGUAGAAUUCUUCCACUGAUUCAUGAAUAAUUAAUACGUUGCUCCGGUUUUUAGCUGCUGGGCUCCAAGUGGGAGCUUUUUCUGUUCAUUUUUUGGAAUUAAUUGAUGAUUGUGGAUUUUUAGUCAAGAAUGCUUGUUGGGUUUUAGCGUUCUUGAUUAAUAUUCUGCUUCAGUCGAUUUUCUUGAUUUCGGGUUUUUUCUCGACUAAGCAAAAAGAAAGAAAAUUUUUGUUGUCCUGAAUUGGAAAGGGAAUACUUUUUCUUAUAGAUCUGUUCUUUCUGAUUCUGUAGUGCACAUUAUUGUUAGCUUUUUACGUAACAUAAUUAAUAUUUAAAAUAGGAAUAAAGGAGGAAAUGAUAAAAACAUACUAUUUUUUCUUUUAGUUAUACUUUUUAUUAUUUGUUUAGGGCACUUUUAAGGAUAACAUUAGUUCAAAGUUAAUUUCUUUUUAAUUAUUGUGUUCUGUUCCGUCCAAAGGGGUGAAAUUCCUUGGUAGUAGAUGAUUUUUUUGUAAAUGAAGUGGAGAUUGGGUGGUUUAAUUUAAAGGGUGCUUGAAAAUUCAUUUCUUGGGCGGAUUUAAUGUUAUUCUUGUCAUUGGAAUUUCAAUUGUGGAAUAAAGGAUGACUUACUUGAUUGAAUAGAGGACUUAGGUGUGUGAAUAUAUAUAUAUAUAUAUAUAGCUUGGAAGUAUUCUUCCCUAAAUUUGGCGACGGAUCCAAAUACGGAAAAUAGGGGGGUUUCCUGUUUGGCUGGGCUGGAGUGCAUAGUGGAAAUAAUCAGGUCCCUAAUAAUGGGGUCCUGCUUGUCCGGUGAGACCAGGAGUCCGCUUCCUGGUUCUCCGAUGGGAGUAACGAAGGGGAAGGACUCCAUAAGUAGGCAAAGGUCUCGAAAUCCGUUCAAUGAACAACUACGUAAGACUCCAGGCCGCAUGUUCUUAAACGGUUCCAGCGAGGUUGCUUCACUCUUUACCCAGCAAGGCAAGAAAGGAACCAAUCAAGAUGCCAUGCUUGUUUGGGAGAAUUUUGGUUCGAGGACAGACACGGUCUUCUGUGGUAUUUUUGACGGCCAUGGUCCCUAUGGUCAUUUGGUUGCAAAGAGGGUUAGAGAUUUUCUUCCUUUGAAACUGGGUGCUAACUGGGAAUUUGAUAUAAAGAGUGAUGAAGUUCGUAGGGAGGUUAGUUUGAAUGGUACGGAUAGUUGGUGCUCUAAAGAUACCUCUUUCUUACCUCCUGAAGAGUCAUCUAGAGCUUCCAUUGAUCUUGAAGAAACUGAAAAGCAUCCAGAAGUUUUCCAGACACUGAAAGAGUCCUUCUUAAAGGCUUUCAAGCUUAUGGAUCGGGAACUGAGAAUGUAUUCAAAUAUUGAAUGCUUCUGCAGUGGAACAACAGCAGUGACUCUAAUAAAACAGGGUCAGGAUCUUGUAAUUGGAAAUGUUGGGGACUCAAGAGCUGUAUUGGGUACAAGAGAUGAAAAUAAUUCACUCGUUGCAGUCCAGUUGACUGUGGAUCUCAAACCAAACCUUCCAGCGGAGGCUGAGAGAAUCCGCAAAUGUAAUGGACGCGUAUUUGCCCUUCGGGAUGAACCUGAGGUUGCAAGAGUGUGGCUGCCAAACAAUGACUCUCCUGGUCUCGCUAUGGCACGUGCUUUUGGAGAUUUCUGUCUGAAGGAGUUUGGUCUUAUCUCUGUACCUGAAAUUUCAUGUAGACGCAUCACUGAUAAGGAUGAGUUUAUAAUCUUGGCAACGGAUGGGAUUUGGGAUGUUCUCUCAAAUGAAGAAGUUGUAGACAUUGUGGGUUCUUGCUCCACUCGAUCAUAUGCAGCUCGAAAACUAGUACAGUCAGCAGGCCGGGUUUGGAGGUCCAAAUAUCCUACUUCUAAGGUUGAUGACUGUGCUGUUGUUUGCCUCUUUCUCGAUUCAAAUCCAAAUGACUCUACUGCUCCCACCACUGAACUCGAAGAGAAUAUCGUGUAUGAAGAGCACGCGGAUACUGGAUUGGACCGCUCUGGCACUGUUAGAACAAGCGAAGGGGCUGGUCGAGAAGAGUGUGUGGAAACUUCAGGUGCAAAUGAGGAGAUAGCCUUAAAUAAUGAAGAAAAAAACAUGAAGGUCGGAAAAGGUUGGUCUUCGCUUGAAGGAGUCUCCCGUGUAAACACCUUAUUGACCUUGCCAAGGUUUGUCCCAACCAAAGACGAGAAAAAGGCUGCUUGAUAGACAGGCUAAAAAUCCUCUUUGAUUUUAUUUUUUUGGCAUUUAUUUUUAUAUUUCCCCAUUUAUCAGGUAUAUCUCUCAUUGCCUACAGGAAGGAAAAGAAAAAAGUUAAAAACAUUUUUAUUCCGGACCGGAGAGGUGGGCCCGGCUAUAUUAGAGCGUCUGGGAUCUUCCUUGUUUUAUCUUGUGUGGGUAGAAUAGGAGUUUUUCAAUCCAACUCUCCAUCCUUUUGUUCUAUUUCACAUUUUGUGGUCUUCAAAAUUGUGUAAUUUCUAUCCUUUUUAUGUUGGACAAUAUCUGAGUUAAUGCAAGUUUCUUUCAGUGCAA